CAGCCAACUUGUAAAGCAAACAAUGGCUUCGUUCGUUAUAAAACCUACUCACCUCCGCUGUGUUGUGAGGACAGGCCGACUCAUAAGCGAGUACCGGACCAGGAAAACCUUAUUUUCAGAGCGAAGUUAUUCCACUGAAGGAGACAGCAGGAUACCCAAAAUUUACACCAAAACUGGAGACAAAGGUUUCUCAAGCACAUUUACAGGGGAAAGGAGGCCAAAGGAAGAUCAUAUUUUUAAAGCUUUAGGAAAUACAGACGAGUUGUCAUCAGCUAUAGGCUUGGCCAGAGAAUUUUGUCUCGACAAAGGUCACACAUUUACAUAUCAACUGGACAAGAUACAAUGUGUUUUGCAAGACGUAGGCUCCAACAUUGCCACCCCUCAAUCAUCAGCAAGAGAAAGUCACAUAAAGAGAACAAAAUUUGCUGUUCAGCCAAUUGCAGACCUGGAAAGCUGGAUUGAUACUUUUACAGAGGAACUCCCUCCACUGACCAACUUCAUUUUACCUUCUGGAGGAAAGAGCAGCGCAGCCUUGCAUGUAGCUCGGACGGUCUGUCGGAGAGCAGAGCGCAGUGUUGCUCCAAUUGUGCGGUCAGGGGAGGCAGAUCCAGAUGUUGCCAAGUUUUUGAACAGAUUGAGCGACUACCUCUUCACUCUGGCCAGAUAUGCAGCCUUGAAAGAAAACAAAGAGGAAAAGAUCUACAGAAGACCAGAAUGAUCAGAUCCUAACAUGAAGUACAAGAGAAAGACUUAAUUUGUUUUUGGGAGGUGUGAUCAUGUUUUUAUAUCACAUAUAUUGUAAAUAUUAAUAAAUAUGAAUGAGG